ACCCAUCCAGACGAUAAAAUACAGCAUUUAUCUGUAUCUGUCUAUAUAUAUAUAUAUGCAUAGACCCCCGUCUCCAAAACCAUCUUCUAACCCCAAAAGAACCUGCAAUCAAGAGAAUUUUGUGAUCGGUCUUGUUUUCUUUCUCAAGAAAAUAUCAUAAUCUGUAUAUCUUAGCUUUGUAAGUAAUGGAGUCCAACAAUUCUUAUACCUCGUGGGCUGAUCAAUGGGACAACAGCAACCCAGACCCUGUUCCUGACACCAAGAACAGCAGCCAUGGCGGUGGUGCAAAGGGUAAGUAUUCUAGAAAGGUUGAAGACGGCUUCGGGAAAACUAAAGCAGCCGCAUCCACCGGUGUUAAGAAGGUUAAGGAAGGAGCCUCCCUGGGUUUCCAUUGGAUCAAAGACAAGUACCAGAAGACCACCCAAAAACGCUAGCUUAAGUUAUGCUCUCCUUGUCUCAAUUUGUCAUGCAGCAAGGAUGAAAUAUUUUCUGUUUUUCCCCCCAUUUUUUUGCAUACGUACGAUGUUCAGUCUUAUUCUUUCAAUUCUUUUCUUUUUUUUUUUAUAUGUUUCUUGAAGGGAAUUCAAUGUUGUUACAUAUGGAUUUAGUUUGAGCCAGAUUGCUUAA